AUUUAGUUUAAUGCAACACUCGAAAAAAAUUGUUAAAGUCUACAGUUUUUAACUAAAUUUAAUUGAAGUGAUCAAACCAAUUUUCUUGUGUUCUUUUAUCCGUUCCCUAUAAUGACACCCUUUCGCCAAUUUCUGGCUAUGAGCUUUUUGAAGUGGGCUUUGAUUAUGAUCCUGAUGUUAUGGAGCUUUUUUGUGUUUAUUAUUUAUAUUUCGAAAUUGAAUGUAGAGAAUGUAUUGGACUCCGAUUACAAGAUAACGCGACUGAAUCAAACGACAACCUCUACGGAACAAUCUGAGAAAAGGAAUGUCGAACUGGAGGCUUUAAUUGACGAAUAUUUAAGCGACAAAUCAAUACGGCCUGAACAAAAAUGGAAACUUAUCGAUGUCAUCGAGAGCAAGCUUGUGCCAUAUGCUGCAUUACGGAACAAAAUCAUCGAGCCUUCCGUCGAAUACGAGAAACUACGUCGGCGCGUUCAGAGCAACACACAAGAGAUGUGGAACUAUGUGAAUAGCGAAAUGAUCGAAUUGAAAAAAUUUGGUAACCCUGGGAGUGCAAAUUUUUCGGUGCAGAUUGAUGCAAUUAUAAAUGCGGCAGCUGAACAAAAGAACUCAUUGCUGCAUGACUUGGAUCAAUUGGCCGAAGUGGAUGGCUAUGAAGCCUGGAGAUUAAAAGAAGCCGCAGAAUUGAGUGAUUUGAUGCAGAGGCGAUUAUAUCAUCUACAAAAUCCAGAAGACUGUGGCAAAGCACAAAAGCUAAUGUGUCCUUUGGAAGUGGGUUGUGGUUAUGGCUGCGAACUCCAUCACGUCGUAUACUGCCUAGUAAUGGCCUACGCGACCGAACGAACUCUGAUAUUAAAUUCCAAAGGUUGGAGAUAUCACGAAGCUGGCUGGGAGGAUAUUUUUGAACCGAUAUCCGAUACAUGUCUCACAUCUGAGGGAGCAUCAUACGGCACAUGGUCUAACGACAUACAAAAUAUACAAGUGGCAAAACUUCCAAGGAUGGGUAAACUGAAUCCACAAACACCUUUCCUUCCACAGGUGAUACCAGAAGAUCUUGCACCACGUUUAACGCGUUUGCACGGCGAUCCAUUUGCAUGGUGGGUGGGACAGUUUCUAAAGUAUUUGCUUCGGAUGCAGCCGCAAACUCACAAUAUGGUGGACGCUCACCGUCAAAAAUUGGGUUUUACGAAACCAAUCGUUGGAGUCCACGUUCGUCGAACGGAUAAACUUACGCAAGUGAAAUCGCACAACGUGGAAGAGUAUAUGAUUUGGGUGGAAGACUACUUCAACAGGUUGGAAUUGUCUCAACCUGUGGUUAAGAGACGUGUUUUUCUGGCCACAGACGAUCCGAAAGUUAUUGAAGAAGCUCGCAAGAAAUAUCCAAAGUAUGACAUUAUCGGCGAUCCUGAUGUGGCUCGCAUAUCGGCUGUUGCGACUAGAUACUCCAACUCGUCAUUGAAUGGCAUUAUCUCAGACGCUCACUUAUUGUCAAUGUGUGAUUACGUAGUCUGUACAUUCAGUUCACAGAUUUGUCGUAUGGCUUACGAAUUUAUGCAAACGAUGUAUCCGGACGCUUCAAAUCGAUUCAAAUCGGUGGACACAAUUUACUAUUUCUAUGGCGAAAAGGUUCAUAAUCGAGAAGCGGUUAUUUCGCAUCGAGCUAAAAACACAAUCGAACUUUCCAUGAACGUAAGCGAUACGCUGAGAAUAUUCCAUAAUCUUGGCAACGGAUUUUCUCAGGGAAAAUCUCUACAGACAAAUCAGACCGGCAUAUUUCCGUCAUUUAAAGUUGUCAAUAAGGUUGAAACGGCUGACUUUCCAAAAUAUAUGAAUAUCAACUAGAAACAACUGA